GAUACAGUAUUUCUCCGCAAUUAAAUAAUUGCCCAAUUAUACAGUGAACUUUGUGAUUAUAAUAUUGCAAUUUUAAAAUAUAAUUAAAUUUUUCUGCAAUUUUAACUCAAUUAUGGUCACGAUUAUUGCAUCUAAUAAUAAAUAAUGUAUAGUCAUUAUUGAAUUAAUGAGAAAUAUAAGUGCGAGAAAUUUAAAUAGUAAAGCCUUUACUUAUUUGCCCAAACACGUAUGGCUCUGUGUCAAAAAUAUUUGCAUAUCAAACACCUACAUCAUACGUAAAUAGUAUAAAACUGCGUUAAGCUAAUAUGGGCACCACAAUGGGUAAAAAUGGUGGCCAUUUUUUGGAUGCCUUGCCAUCGCAGGCUACUCUACAUGUGGUUAUGCUAGGCUUAGAUUCGGCUGGUAAAACCACGGCUUUAUACCGAUUAAAGUUCGACCAGUAUUUAAAUACAGUGCCUACUAUCGGAUUCAAUUGCGAGAAGAUUCAGGGAACGGCUGGUCGAGCAAAGGGCAUCCAUUUUUUAAUUUGGGAUGUUGGUGGUCAGGAAAAAUUAAGGCCACUCUGGCGGAGUUACACCCGAUGUACAGAUGGUAUAUUGUUCGUUGUUGAUUCUGUAGAUGUGGAGCGCAUGGAGGAGGCGAAAAUGGAAUUACUGCGUAUGGCAAAAUGUCCAGAUAAUCAAAUGGGUCGAUCACAUCAGGAGGCGAGGAAGGACGGCUAGUUCAUUAGUUUCAGAAUAAGGGAAAUAUGUGGGACACGAAAUUUCGUCACGCAUGCUUAAGACUCCCAAAUAAACCACUGAAAGAGGAGAAAAAAUUAAAAAUACUUCUAUUGCUUCCCGUAAUUAUAUGAUAGUUUUAGCAAAGCGAGAUCCCUUCAUGUUAUCUAUAGAAAUUUCCAAUGAAAUUGGGAAUGUUCUAUUUUCUCGAACUGUUUGUCGAUGAUUAUUAGGUACCAAUCUAACAGAAGAAAUAGUUUCGAAAUACCUUUUGCUCAGAAAAGUUAAUUUGGAGAAAAGCCUAUAAAAGUUUAUGCGGAACAGAAGGCAAAAAAAGUUGAGAAGUUUAUUUUAGGGUGAUGAAACAAAAAAAAUUUGUUUGGAAAUGGUGUGGAAAAAAAUGUACGUCGCUCAAAAGGAAAAAAAUCCCACAUUGGACUUAUUAAAGAACUGUGAAGCACAACACGGGAGAUUUAUGGUACACGAUUGCAUUUCUUAGGACGGUGUACCGAAACAUCUAACAGAAAACACUGUGGCUAGAUUUAUAUAUAAAAACUCGUUAGAAACUCUAAUCCUACCGUACACCGAUGCAAAUAUGCCAGUGGAAUGGAUAUUUCACGAACAUUUCGUACAGUUUGAUAAAAGCAUGGUUUUUGGAGUAUAACUUGGAUGCUAUCAAUUGGCUAAAUUAGUCCUCCGACGUCAUUCCUAUGGCGGGAGAACUAAAGAAGUUGGAGUUUUGUAAAAUCAAACGCAAACUCAUAAAUUUAAGCUCACACAUAAAAGCUGUAGCGAAACAAAUAAUCUUACACAUAAAAUUUGCAGUGCUUUCGUUCUAUAUUCCACCUUCGCAAUCGUUUUCUCAACAGAAACUCUAUAAUUUAUUCUCCGAGAAAGAUUAUUAUUGGCAAGAAUAUUCGAAAGUCACCAUCUGCAAUUGAAUACUGUUUGUACGUCGAAAAGGAAUUGAACAUUACCUUAAAAAUUUUCUGCUAUUUUGGUCUUAAAUCGCCAUGGGUUUUCAAAGACUACUCUUUCGACAUUUCUCUGUCUAUGCACAACAACGAAGAUACUCCAAGUUACGUCUUCAGGAAUCUAAUAGCUGAAACAACCCAAGUACUGGAGAGUAACGGUUGGGAUCUUUUAUACACAG